AUGAAUGCAGCAGAUAAUGUAAUUUUAGGAGAUAAUAUCAAUGAAGAAAGAGAUGAUGAAGAAAGAGAUGAAGAUGCUGCAAAUUAUUACAAUUAUGACAAGGAUGAAAACAUAAGUAGAUGUCUAGCAAGUUAUACAGUAUCAAACUACAAUGAGGGAUAUGUGUUAUACAAAGCUCAUUCAAGAUCUGUUGGUUUCAGUGUCAGAAAGUCAACAAAGAGAAGAGAUACCAAUGAUAAAUUGUAUGAGUUUUAUUUUAGAUGUUCUAAGGAAGGACAUACAAAGGGUAAAAUGAAGAUAGUAGGUGAACAAAAUUCAGUGAAAAUACCCAUAUUGGGUAAAACUGAUGAAAAAAAUAGAAAAGAUAGGGAGGUAAAUGAGACAAGAACUGGAUGCAAAGCCCAUAUUCGUUUCAAGAAAAACAAAGAAGGAAAUUUCGAAGCUGUUACACAUGAGUUGGAGCAUAAUCAUGAAUUGGUUAUAGCAGUUCAACGACAUCAUCUAAGACCAGAAAGGAAAAUAUCAGCUCCAAUGGGUGAACUAAUUGAGAGCAUGAUUGAGAGUGGUAUUAAACAAAUGGAUUCUUAUAAUUAUAUAAGCAAUGAAGCUGGAGGAGAAGAAUGUGUAGGUCAUACUAAGAGAGAUCACCUUAAUUAUAUAUCAAGAGUGAAAAUGAGUAUGGUUGAAGGUGGAGACAUGCAAAAUGUAUUAGACACCCUUCAAGAAAGAGCAGAUCAAGACCCCUCAUUCUUUUAUAGAUUGAAAUUUGGAGAAGAAAAUAAUGUUGUGAGCUAUUUUUGGCGUGACUCCCAAAUGCUUGAAGAUUUCAAAGCUUAUGGUGAUGUUUUAAUCUUCGAUACAACAUACAGAACAAACAAAUAUGGGUUGAUAUGUGCUCCAUUUGUUGGUAUAAACAAUCACUGGAAAAUAACAAUGUUUGGAUGUGCAUUCAUAACUGAUGAAAAUACUCAUACAUUUGUUUGGCUGCUUUCAAUCUUCAAAAAGUCAAUGUGUGGAAUUGAACCAAAAUCAAUCUUCACUGAUCAAGAUCUUGCAAUGAGCAACGCCAUACCAGAGGAUUUUAAGUUGGAAUUUGAGACUAGCCUAGGAGCAUAUGCAAAGGAAAAGCCAACUUCAAUGCAAUAUGUCAAAUUCUUUGAUGUUUCUCUUGAUGAAGAUUAUAUGCACACCUAUCAAGUCAUAUAUCACUGUCAAAGCAAUGAAUUUAUGUGUUCUUGUAUGUGCUUCAUAGAGACUGGAUUGUUGUGCUUUCAUAUUAUCAAGACAAUGCAAAUGUACAUCAUACAUGCUAUACCAGAGAGAUACAUUCUGAAACGUUGGACCAAGCUUGCUAAAUCAAGGAUAUGGGAUGAGAAUGAAUCAGAAAUGUAA